AUGGUGUGCUUACAGAUCCUGAGCUUCAGCCUGGUGAUUCUGGCAGGGUGCAUACUCAGUGCUGUCAGCGCUGAACUGGGCUGGACACGGAAGAGAUCCUUGGCUCAGUGGGGACACCUGAACCAGGUGCCGCUGGAAGGAGAUCGCUGUUGGCUGGGGGCCAAGGUCCGAAGGCCCAGGGCAGCUCCCCACACUCGCCUCUUUGGGCUCUACCCCAGCAGGCCUGGGAGCCACCUGAGGCCCUUCCCUAUGAGGGAGCAGGGGACCCAGCAUGCUGGGCACAAGAAACUAGACUCUGAGGGGAAGGCUUUAAGCUUGGUUCUCCAACACCUGACUGAAAACGCAGCUGGAGCGAGGAGUGCGGUUGAGCAGGGGGACAGUCCUAUUGGGCAAUCUGAGCCACUGCGAGAUGAUGACACUUAUCUUGGCAAUCGAGGAUCCAAGAAGUUUUUAGGUGAGGUUGUGGCUCGGGAAAGCUUAGCCCCGGCUGCCACCAUUACUGCUGCCUUCCCACGCCCCACGGAGCCCAAACCAGAGACACAAAGCAAGGGUUGGGUCACGUCUAGGCGUCAUCGUCCAGUGACAAAGAGGCAGGCAGAAGACGCGCAGGGAGACCCCGACCCAGCUCCUAUGCAUCUCCAACCCCGGCCUGAAGCUCCCCAGAAGCCCAGGAUCAGCAUCCAAAAUGGUGGCAAGGACCCUGCCUGGGACGCGGAGCCCACUGGCCCCCCAGGACGACUGGCUGUCGUGUACUUUUCUGGGAGGAGGGAGCGGCUCCUGCUGCGUCCAGAAGCGCUGGCUGAGAUUCCCCGGGAGGCGUUCACAGUGGAAGCUUGGGUGAAGCCCGAGGGAGGACAGAACAACCCAGCCAUCAUCACAGGUGUGUUUGAUAACUGCUCCCACACAGGCACUGAUAAAGGCUGGGCCCUUGGUAUCCGCUCAGAGAAGGACAAGGGGAGGCAAGACGCUCGCUUCUUCUUUUCCCUUCGCACCGACCGGGUGAAAAAAGCCACAAUCGUGACUGGUCACAGUCGCUACCAGCCAGAUAAAUGGACACAUUUGGCAGCUACUUACGAUGGACGGCGUAUGUCCCUAUAUGUGGAUGGCACGAGGGUGGCCAGCAGUACAGACCAGACGGGUGCGCUCUACAGCCCCUUCAUGACAUCUUGUCGCUCCUUGCUCCUGGGCGGCGACACCUCGGAGGACAGGCACUAUUUCCGUGGACACCUGGGCACGCUGACUUUCUGGUCGACCGCCCUUCCGCAAAGCCACCUUCAGCACAGCCCUCAGCAUCCGAGUGGGAUGGAAGAGUUGAGCACUCUGAUCCUGACAGCCACCUUUGAUCCGCUGAAAGAACAGUGGGUCCCUUUUAGAGAUGGGAAGUACCCACGGCUUGAAGUUCUCCAGGAUGUGGAGCCAGAGCCCGAGAUCCUUUCCCCUUUACAGCCUCCACUUUGUGGACAGACGGCCUGUGACAAUGUGGAAGUGAUAUCCCAAUACAAUGAGCACAGGCCCCUUCGGGGAGAGAAGGUGAUCCGGUACCAGGUGGUGAACAUCUGUGAUGAUGGGGGUCUGAAUCCCACCGUGAGCGAGGAGCAAAUCCAGCGGCAGCACCGGGAGCUGAAUGCAGCUUUCAAUCGCUACAACAUCAGCUGGCAGCUGAGCGUCCACCAGGUCCACAAUUCCACACUGCGCCAACGGGCUGUGCUUGUAAACUGUGAGCCAGGCAAAAUCGGCAAUGACCACUGCGACCCCGAGUGUGAGCACCCCCUCACUGGCUACGAUGGGGGUGACUGCCGCCUGCAGGGCCGUUGCUACUCCUGGAACCGCAGGGAUGGGCUCUGCCAUGCCGAGUGCAACAACAUACUGAACGACUUCGAUGAUGGAGACUGCUGUGACCCCGAGGUGACGGACGUACACAAGACCUGCUUUGAUCCAGAUUCACCCAAUAGGGCAUACAUGAGUGUUAAGGAACUGAAGGAGACAUUGCAGCUCAACAGCACUCACUUCCUCAACGUCUAUUUUGCCACAUCAGUGCGGGAAGACCUUGCCGGUGCUGCUACCUGGCCUUGGGACAAGGAAGCUGUCAGCCACCUUGGUGGCGUAGUUCUCAAUCCAGCGUAUUAUGGCAUGCCUGGCCACACCAACAUCAUGAUUCAUGAGGUGGGACAUGUCCUGGGACUCUAUCACGUGUUCAAGGGAGUUAGUGAACGGGAAUCCUGUGACGACCCCUGCAGGGAGACGGUGCCGUCCAUGGAAACAGGAGACCUGUGCGCCGACACGGCCCCCACCCCCAAGAGUAAGCUGUGCCAGGAUCCAGAGCCCGCCAACGAUACGUGUGGCUUCAUUCACUUCCCAGGGGCUCCAUUCCGCAACUACAUGAGCUACACAGAUGACGACUGCACCGACAGCUUCACCCCCAACCAGGUGGCCCGAAUGCACUGCUAUUUGGACCUUGUAUAUCAGCAAUGGAGUCAAAGCCGGAAGCCCUCUCCUAUUCCCAUCCCACCUGUGGUCGUUGGGCAGACUCACAAGUCCCUCACCGUCCACUGGCUGCCUCCUAUCAGUGGAGACGUGUAUGACAGGAUAACAGGCAGUGUGUGUGGCUCCUGCGCUGAAGAUGGGACUUUCCGUCAAUAUGUGCACAUGGCUUCCUCCCGACGGGUGUGUGACUCUUCAGGUUAUUGGACCCCAGAGGAGGCUGUGGGACCUCCUGAUGUGGAUCAACCCUGCGAGCCCAGCUUGCAGGCCUGGAGCCCUGAGCUCCAUCUGUACCACAUGAACAUGACGGUGCCCUGUCCUGCAGAAGGCUGCAGCCUGGAGCUGCGCUUCCAACACCCGGUGCACGCGGACACCCUCACCCUGUGGGUGACUUACCUGUCUAUGGACUCCUCCCAGGCGCUCUUCGAUACAGAAAUACUGCUGGAACACCAGGAGUCUGUGCACCUGGGCCCCUUGGACACUUUCUGUGACACUCCACUCACCAUCAAGCUGCACGUGGAAGGGAAGGUCUCAGGCGUGAAGGUUUACACAUUCGAUGAGCGGAUGGAGAUAGACGCGGCCCUGCUCACUUCUCAGCCCCAAAGCCCUCUGUGCUCUGGCUGCAGGGCUGUGAGGUACCAGAUCCUCCGGGAGCCAGCCUUUGCCAGUGGCUUGCCGGCCCUGGUGACACAUCCUCGCAGGAAGUUCACCGACACGGAAGUCAUGCCCGGACAAAUGUAUCGCUACCAAGUCCAAGCUGUAGCUGGAGCAGAAAUUGGAGAAGCUUCGCCUCCCCUGAGUCACAUCCAUGGAGCUUCUUAUUGCGGAGAUGGGAAGGUGGAGAAGAGCCUGGGAGAAGAGUGUGAUGAUGGAGACCUCCUGAGCGGUGAUGGGUGCUCAAGGGCCUGUGAACUAGAGGAAGGAUUCCACUGUGUGGGGGAGCCAAGCCUUUGCUACGUGCAUGAAGGAGAUGGAGUCUGUGAGUCUUUUGAGAAGAAGUCCAGCAUCACUGACUGCGGCCUCUAUACCCCCAAAGGACAUUUGGAUCAGUGGGCUGCCCAGGCGCACUCCCCUUAUGAAGACACCAAGCAAUGUCCCGCUGCCUUGGUAACUGGAGAACCUCAUUCCGUGAUUUGCACCUCGUACCAUCCAGAUUCUCCCAAGCAACGUCCCCUCACUGCCUGGUUUCCCUGUGUUACCAAUGGAAGCAAAUCUCAGAAUGAAGGCCGUGAGAAACCAGAAGGUAACCUGGAGAGAGAGGAUGAGGUUUGGCUCCAAGUGUGUUUCAAUAGACCAGGAGUGGCCACAGCCGUGUUGAUUUUCUUGGCGUCUGAUGGCCUGGCUCCUGGAGGACAUCAGAAACCAACAGUGACUGUGUACUUGAUUGACACCAGUGGGAGCAACCACUCUCUUGGAAUCUAUGAACUGUCAUGCCGACAAAACCCACUGGUUAUCAAUGUGACCUAUCCCACAACUUCCCUCUUCCACCACACCACAUCAGUACUGCUCAAUUUUUCCUCCCCUCUGGUGGGUAUUUCAGCAGUGGCUCUGAGGACAUCUUCUCACAUGGAUCUUUCAGCUCCCACAAGCUGCAUCUCAGCAAAGGAUGGCCAGGAACAUCAGGGACAGAGCUGUGUCCACCGGCCCUGUGGGGAUCACGACAGCUGUGCACCACUGCUCCUUGACCACACAGACAUGGUGAACUGUACCUCUCAUGGCCCAGGUCACAUGGAGUGUGCUAUCACCUGCCAAAGAGGGUUUGUUCUUCAAACCAGCAGUGGGAAGUAUCUCAGACCCAUUCAGAAGGAAAUCCUGCUCACAUGCUCAUCUGGUUACUGGGACACGGUUGUGAGUUGCACGCCUCUGGACUGUGGCAUUCCUGACUCAUCUUUGGUGAACUAUGCCACCUUCUCCUGCUCAGAAGGAACCGGAUACUUGAAACGCUGCUCAAUAUCUUGUGUCCCACCAGCCAAGCUUCAAGGACGGAACCCAUGGCUGACAUGCCUCGGAGACGGACUCUGGUCUCUCCCAGAAGUGUACUGCAAGCUAGAGUGUGACGCUCCUCCGGUUAUUCCAAAUGCCAACUUGCUCCUGCCUCACUGCCUCCAGCGCAACCAUGAUGUGGGCACCAUCUGCAGAUACGAGUGCAAACCAGGCUAUUAUGUAGAGCCCAGUGUGGGGAGCAACAGCAGGAGCAAGUUCCUGAAGAUACAGUGCCUGGAAGAUGGAGUCUGGGAGCGAGGCAGCUGUGUCCCAGUGGUGUGCAAGCCACCUGCUCCUGUUUUUGAAGGCAUGUAUGAAUGUACCAAUGGCUUCAAGCUGGGCAGUCAGUGUGUACUCAACUGUAACCAGGAAAGUGAAAGGCGUCCUAUUCUCUGCACUGAAGAGGGGCUGUGGACCCAGGAGUUUAAGUUGUGUGAGAAUCUACAAGGAGAAUGCCCACCACCUCCUUCGGAGCUGAGUUUUGUGGAGUACAAGUGUGAACAGGGAUAUGGGAUUGGUGCAGUGUGCUUCCCCUCAUGUGUCAUCCCCCCUAGUGACCCUGUGCUGCUGCCCGAGAACGUCACUGUGGACACUCUGGAGCACUGGAUGGAGCCUGUUAAAGUUCAGAGCAUCAUGUGUACCGGCCAGCGGCGAUGGCAUCCAGACCCCCUUCUGAUCCACUGCAUCCAGUCCUGUGAGCCUUUUCAAGCAGAUGGUUGGUGUGAUACCAUCAACAACCGGGCCUACUGCCACUAUGACGGGGGAGACUGCUGCUCUUCCACUCUCUCUUCCAAGAAGGUCAUCCCAUUUGCUGCUGACUGUGACCAGGAUGAGUGCACCUGCCGAGACCCCAAGGCGGAAGAAAACCAGUAA